UCGGGGUCGGGCGCCCCCGCCCGUGGGCGGGCGGAGCUGGCGGCGCCGCGGGGCCCCCAUGGCGGCGGCGGCGGAGCGGACGGAUGAGCUGGUGCGGGAGUAUCUGCUCUUCCGUGGCUUUACCGCCGCUCUGAAGCAACUGGAUGCGGAGAUCAAAGCGGACCGGGAGAAGGGCUUCCGGGUGGAUAAGAUAGUGGACCAGCUGCAGCAGUUCGUUCAGAGCUACGACCUGGCCGCCCUGCGGGAUUACUGGAGUUAUCUGGACCGACGCCUCUUCAGCCGUUUGGAGGACGUGUACCGGCCAACGGUGAACAAGCUGAAAACCAGCUUAUUCCGAUACUACCUCGUCCAUACCGUUCAGACUGGCCGCAAUGACAAGGCGCAGGAGUUUUUCCUCAAGCAGGCCUCCGAGCUCCAGAACCAGGCAGAGUGGAAGGAUUGGUUUGUCCUGCCCUUCCUCCCUGCCCCGGACUCCAACCCCACCUUCGCCACCUAUUUCACACGCCAGUGGGCAGAUACCUUUAUCGUGUCUCUGCACAACUUUCUGAGUGUCUUAUUUCAGUGCAUGCCAGUUCCAGUCAUUUUGAACUUCGAAGCUGAAUGUCUCAGGAGCAGUCUCAUACAAGAAGAAAAUGAAUCGUUGCGGCAUAAGCUGUUUGCUUUGCAGGCUGAAUCCUCCCGCUUGAAGAAAGAGGAACUGGAGGUGGAACAAGCAGUUGUGCAUCACAAGUUGCCUGCAUAUGUGGCCAACAUGGAUCGACUAGGGGACUCUGAGCUCGAUAUGACCUGCAGCCAGAGGAAUACUGCACAUUCUCUUCAGUCCCGAGGAGGCUUUCUGUCCUCUUUUCUCUCCCAAAGUAAAAAAGGCCCUUCCAGACCAGCCCAUCCAAGUGGGGCGUCUCCAACGCAGACUGGCAGUAUGCUGCUAGGGAAGAAAGAACCAACAAAUCACCAGAGUGCCAAGGGGAAAGAAGGAACAGGGAGCUCCAAGGACGGGAAGAGCCACUUCAGUGGGUUAAUAGCAGGCGAGUCCAGCUCCCUGCAGCAGCGGCAGAAGCGCCUGCAGGAGCAUGGGAAGGAAAGGAAGGAGCUGCUGUCAAAAGGAACCUUCCAGGGCCAAAGUGCUGAGAAGAAAACAGAUAUUAACACAGCUGAGACGGAACCAUGCUCAGAGCUGCAUGCUGAGCAAGUAGAGGCUUCAACCAAAAUGCCUCCUAGCAGCACAGAGGCUGCAGGGGUCCGGCAGGAGCAGCCUUUCAUCGUCCUGAGUCAGGAGGAGUAUGGGGAGCACCAUUCAUCCAUCAUGUACUGCAGGGUUGAUUGUUCUGGACGGAGGGUGGCCAGCUUGGAUGUGGACGGGGUCAUCAAAGUCUGGUCUUUUAACCCCAUAAUGCAAACUAAAGCUUCAUCCAUUUCCAAAUCUCCAUUGCUGUCUCUGGAAUGGGCCACGAAGCGUGAUCGGCUGCUAUUGCUUGGCAGUGGGGUUGGGACGGUUCGUCUUUACGACACAGAAGCGAAGAAGAAUCUUUGUGAAAUCAGCAUUGAUGAAGACAUGCCCAGGAUCCUCUCACUUGCCUGCAGCCCAAGUGGGGCCUCCUUUGUGUGUUCUGCGGCAGCACAGAGCCCCAUCUCCCACAUGGACUUCUCAGCGGUCAGCUCUGGGGCCAAAAGCAUGAACCAAGUUCCUGGGAAGCUGCUGCUGUGGGACACUAAGACAAUGAAGCAGCAGCUGCAGUUCUCCCUGGAGCCUGAGCCCAUUGCUAUUAACUGCACAGCCUUCAACCACAACGGCAACCUGCUGGUCACUGGGGCUGCAGAUGGGAUCGUUCGUCUCUUCGAUAUGCAGCAGCACGAGUGCGCCAUGAGCUGGAAGGCACACGAUGGGGAAGUCUACUCCGUUGAGUUCAGCUAUGAUGAGAACACAGUCUACAGCAUAGGCGAGGAUGGCAAGUUUAUUCAGUGGAACAUUCACAAAAGUGGCUUGAAGGUGUCGGAGUAUGAUCUUCCCAGCGAAGCUACAGGUCCUUUUGUUCUGUCUGGGUACAGCGGCUACAAGCAAGUCCAAUUCCCACGAGGAAAGCUUUUUGCUUUUGACUCUGAGGGCAACUAUAUGUUGACGUGUUCUUCUACUGGGGGAGUAAUUUUUAAGGUAAGUCCGAGAAGUGAUGGGGAGCACUCUGACGCAUCCGUACAAGCUCUUCUUGUUACAAGGUGCAACAGCAGCCACUGGAAGUUCUCAAGCAGCAUCUACCCAUCCCCGCUCUGUGAAAGUUGCUGGUCAGUUUCAUACAGUGUGCAUUUUAGCAGCAUGUGGUGUUUAGCAAGUGUUUGAGCCCUCUGUAAGUGUUUGGCCCUCUAUAUGUAGCCAGAGGAUGUGUGUUCCUUGUUCUUAAAGCUUAGCUGCAGCAGCUUUCCGUAGUGCCCAAGUACCUGUGAUAAAGUUUUAGGGUUUUUUAUUAUAUUGAUGCCUGCCAGUGCAAUGCAAAAUGUGUGACUCUUGGCUGAUGCUCAUCUUUAAUCUGCCUUGUGAACUUGCUGAUGUUAGUUCCAGCCUGAUUGUCUGCUCUUACUGUGUACUGAAAUGAAAUGAAAUGAAGGGGAAGGCUGAAUAGUUCAAGUACCCGAAUUUCUGUGCCGCAGGAACAAGUGGUUACUGAUCAUAUGCCCCUUGCCUGCCUUCUCUCGAGCCAAUACCCAUUAGUAUAAGCCAUUGCAAGGCAGAUUAGAUGGAAUUUUUACUUUGCAUCUAGAGCAUUCAGAGCACCCACAUUAACAUGAGCUACAGCUUAAGACUUAUGUGCUCUUCAUCAGUGUGUGCUUUUAGCUUGCCUUGUUCCAUUAUGGAAGCUGAGCUGCUUGAGAACACGUGCUUCUGCUGUGAGACUUGGAAAUUCGUUUCCUUAUGUGUGCUAAUACAUCUCAAAAUCUCCCUACACAUAAUUAAGCAGAAAGGGAUAUAGAGUCUAGUAGGCUUUGGCUUCAUCUGUGAGUACACUAACCCCACUGCAGAAACUUGCCUCCUUAAAAUCUUAUUCUUUCCUUCUUUUAGUUAAAUGGUGAGGAAAAGGUUCUGGAGAGCUGCCUUUCCCUGGGAGGACACCGAGCCCCUGUUGUCACAGUGGAUUGGAGCACAGCCAUGGACUGCGGGACCUGUCUCACUGCCUCCAUGGAUGGGAAGAUUAAAUUAACAAC